AGAGCCGGUCAGACCACUGGGGCGCGGUUUAAUCCGAUCAUUUGCUAACGGUUGCUCGGUGGGUAAGGUUGUGGACCUCGGAUUUGGAAGCUUAUUCGCAAUACCCAAGUGCAAGAUCAAGUGUUAGACGACAUGGCAGCCAUCGUAGCGAUUCUCGUUCUCCUCGCCAUCGGCGUCUGCGAAUCAGCGAUAAUCAACACCAAUCAGUUGAAAGUGUUCGAGGUGUUGUACAAGGGCGUCUACUACAACCCGGAUACGAAGCAGCCUCUAAAGUUUGAGAUAGAGGAUGCCAGUCGACUCCCUAACACCAGAAUCGGUUUUCGCGGAAUGCCUUGUAACUGCGAAGGGUAUUCGUGCGGCUGCUGUGCCGGGAUCAACAUUACGAGAUUGGGGCUGGACCAGAAGGCUUGCACCAACUUGACCUACGACCCUUACGACUUCGCGAUCAAGAUGCAGGUCACAAUGAACAACAUGACCAUCUACACUAACCAGUUAUCCGCCAAAAACCCGCCCCCGGUUUGCUUCGCGCUUCCGUACAUACCGGAGCAGUUGCUCCAGAUGUGCGCCAGAUUUCACAACAUUCACAUGCCCAGUCCGGAUAGUUUUCACUGCUGCAUGGACCUUCAGGCGAAGGUCGCACAGACACCGAUCAUGGUUCUCCACUUCGACUGCAUGCGGAUCACAAGUCAGGGUAUCACUUGGAUAAAACCUGAUCAAAUCGACAGCUCGGACGAUGGCACGUCAGGAAUUGCUGGGUCGGAAGUAUACGACGAGGUGAACUUCGAGACCGACGAUUUACAGACGGCCACCGUUCUCACCACGACGCUCAGUCCCGAGGACGAGCUCUUAAUAGGCCAGCUGAAACUGUGAUUCGCGUACAACUGUAUAAUUCUUUACCUAAUAAUCCACCGAUCUAAUCGUGUAAUCGCUAUUUAUUCGUAAUAUGUGCGUAGCUACGAUUGCAGGAAAAUUUGUGCUUCG